CACCCUCGGUUUUUGUUCUUUUCAAUUAUUCACUAGAGAACUCAACUUUCCCACAAAUGUGAAGAAGUCUUCUAUAGCCAUGUUUCUUGAAUAAAUUACUGAUGAUUUAUGAAAAAUAUUAGAAAUUAGUUUUUUUAUUUUAUUUUAUGAUGUACUCAAACACUUUCAUGGGAUGUUUAAUGACUUAAAAAAAAUAUGAACAAAACAAAGCAAAAGUUUAACAACAACCCAUACAUAAUAACAGCAUAUUUUUUUCAAAAAUAUAUAUUUCAAAAAAUAACAGCAUAUUUAAUGAAAAAGGUUUGUAUUUUUUUUCUUUCAUGUGAAUUCGAUUAACGCUUAGGUGGGCCAGCAAAAUUAUUGUGGGUAAAACUAAAAUUCGACAAAACUUCCAGGGACGAAACAUGACAUUGUCCUCCUUUUUACUCAGAAACGAUGCCGUAUUUGCGCCUAAUAUCGGUGGACUUCGUCUUGUCCAAAAACAGAGGAAGAAGCAAAACAGAGCAUAAACCCCUCACGACCCGAAAACAGAUUCUCAGACUCUUCUUCUUCUUCUUCUUCUUCUUCCUCUUCAUCCUACGAAGAAUGGUGGAUUCAGGGCAUGAUAACGAUAUCAGAUGCCACCAUUGCGCAGGCCCACUUACAAAAACUUUGGAAACGAGUGAAUGGACUGUGUCUCCGUUCAUCAGGGACAGCUUUUCUAUGAUUGGAUCAGCUGUUGGUGGUACUGCAAGUGCAUUCAUUGGGUUUAACCAUGUGAUGCCAAUUGUACGCAAGUGGAUAAAAGGACCCAUGUGGUUACACUUUCUUGUUGGGGCACCGCCUGUUAUAGUUCUUUCGUCUGCCUGUGCUGGACUAGCAGGUGGCACUGUACCGGCGCUGGCACAGCUGGCUUCAUCUUCAUACCAAGCAGCAGUCCUUUCAUCUCAGCCACCGCAGGCAGAGGAGAAUCACAAAAUGCACAAGUCUACAGCAUCAUCUCUAUCUACCAAUCGGCUCUGGUUCCAUAUCUGUGCGACUUGUUUUGAGAGAUCUCGGAGCCAGGUGCAGCGUCUCAGGCACUAUCAACGGCUGCUCUAAUGGUAUUUGAGCAAACAUAGCAGUGAUGGGUUUGAGUCACUUGGGAAAACACAAUCUAGUCAAUCUCUUACUAGAUUACCAUGGAGACUUCUUAGAUAGGAGGUUUUCUCUUACUAGAUCUUUCCACAUCUAGCAACAUGUCUCGGAGUUCAUGAUUGUAAUCGAUAUUAAUAAAUAAAUGAAAUUCUUGAUUA